CCGCCUGUACCAGAAGGUUAGAUGCCAUUAUGUAACUCUGGAAAGCCAAGAGCAAAAGAGACUUGGGAUGCAGAGCAUCUAGAGACCAAUGUAAUCCCUCUCCACAGGGGAGGAGCAAGGAAGACGACUUGCCAGAAGAUCCAAAACCGAUGUGAAGGUGAUUCUGAAACUCUGAGUAGAGGACUCCUAGCCUGAGCUGUUGAGCUACUCGGUACAGGAGCCUGAAGAUGCAGCAAGCCUGAUAGUGAGGACCAAAGAAUCUCCUUAAAGAAGUCAGACAAUCUGAAAUAUUGACAAUGUCUAUUAUGGAUCACAGCCCCACCACUGGAGUGGUGACUGUUAUUGUUAUUUUGAUUGCUAUUGCGGCUCUUGGUGCCUUGAUACUGGGCUGCUGGUGUUACCUGCGUCUGCAGAGGAUCAGUCAGUCUGAAGAUGAGGAAAGCAUUGUGGGUGAAGGAGAAACCAAAGAGCCUUUUCUUCUGGUGCAGUAUUCUGCUAAAGGACCUUGUGUAGAGAGGAAAGCUAAGCUAACUCCAAAUGGCACAGAAGUACAUAGCUAACUUGGAGCAACACAUGUAUAUGGACUAUGCUUAUGAUGUGUGUAACCAGCAGAAUAUAUUGUGAAGAACCUGGUCACAUGCACACUACUCAUCAGAAAACACCCUGAUGAGGAUUAAAUAAGCUUUGUUUGCAACUGCAUGCACUGAGAAGCUGCACUUUGCAUCAACUGUGUAUCCUAAUUCCUCUAUGACAGGAGCUGACUCACCUGGCAUAACGUCCAUUGCCGGC